UUUUUCACGGACCAAUACACACACACACUACAAGGCUCUCCAGCAGCACCACACGCCGUGUGCUUAUGUUGGAGACUCCACUGCGGUUCCGUUAAAUCUGUUGAACGCGUCUUUUUCUCCGCGCGGUCACAAACGCACACCGGCGCGUCGGAACAUAUUAACGUUAGCAGCCGCUGCCGUUUUGGGUCGGCUUGUGGAUUGAAUCCAUGCCUCCUUUAAAAGCCCCCUUCGGCUUUUUAAGUUCAAGAAAACACCCGGACUCUUCAGAGGAUCGCCUUUGACUCUUUUACCGGAGAUUUAAAUGUUUAUUUUUGGGCACCGGCGGAGGUGCGCGAGAUCUUGCCGGUUGCGGACAAUGUUCGGCGUUUUUUAACGAAACACCUCGUCUUUUGUAACUAGUCUGUUAAAAAAAAACUUCACCUCGGAAAACACCGUGGAUAACUUGUACGCGAGGUUGUUUUUUUCUAUUUUCUUUUUUACCUCGGAAAGUGAUGGCGGAGCGGGAGCAACGGCUGCUCGUGUUUUUCACAAGUCUCAUCGUUCUCCGGUUCGGCGGUGCGGAUAAAGGCUCUGCCAUCCGUGGCUUCACCCCGUUCAGAUUCUCUGUUGAACCUGUGGAUGUUCUGGCGGUCCGCGGUCUUCCCGCUGUGUUAAACUGCUCAGCCAUCAGCGACGCUCCAGUACGGGUGGAGUGGAAGAAAGACGGGACGUUCCUGAACCUGGUGGCGGAUGACCGCAGACGGCAGCUAGCAGACGGCUCUCUGCUCAUCAGUACGGUGGUCCACUCCAAACACAAUAAGCCUGAUGAGGGGGUGUACCAGUGCGUGGCCACCAUCGACAAUCUGGGCACCAUCAGCAGCCGCACCGCACGACUCACAGUAGCAGGUCUUCCGCGGUUCCUCAGUCAGCCGGAGGGUGUUUCUGUUCGCAGCGGUGGGACUGAGAUGCUGAGCUGUGAGGUGACGGAGGAGCUGGUCCCGUUCACCCGCUGGGACAGAGAUGCUCGGCCUGUGGAGCUGGACAGCAGGGUCAUUCAGCUGCCCAGCGGAGCUCUGGUCAUCAGCAACGCCUCGCAGGCUGACGCCGGACUCUACCGUUGCACCAUAGAUGGACUCGGACCUCCCAAAACCACUGAGGAGGCAGAGCUGCAGGUGGUCACAGAUUCAGGUGCUGGGGAAAAGCUGGAGACCCUCCAGGGUCCGGUUGCAGUGGCAAAGGUUGUCGGGGAGAGUGUGUUGUUGCCAUGCGUGAUGAAGGGACACCCAAUACCGGCAAUUCGCUGGACAUUUAAUGACCAACCGAUUGAGGAAGCUCAUGAGCGGUUCUCUGUGAUUGGCGGAGGAAGCCUGCAGAUCGUCAACCUGACCGAAGAGGAUGCUGGGAUAUACGUCUGCCAGGCUGACAGCGGUAAUAUGACCAGCGAGAUCCAGGCCGAGCUCACUGUGCAUGUUCCUCCACGCUUCCUGACCAGGCCUUCAAACACGUACGCGCAGGAGUCCAUGGACAUCAUCUUCGAGUGUGACGUCACCGGCUCUCCACCUCCGACUGUCAAGUGGAUGAAGGAUGGAGACACGGUCAUUCCUAGUGAUUAUUUCAGGAUAGUGAAGCAGCACAACCUGCAGGUUUUGGGUUUAGUCAAAUCAGACGAAGGUUUUUACCAGUGUUUAGCAGAGAACGACGCUGGCAACGUCCAGGCCAGCGCUCAGCUCAUCAUCCUGGAUAUAGACGUUGCCCUUCCUUCUACUGUCCCUUCAUUGACCGCUGCCACUACUGACCAUGUAGCGUCCAGUGGGUCCGAGCGCAGCGGCCCGACUCCCUCCGCCCCGCGGGAUGUGGUGGCGUCUCUGGUGUCCACUCGAUUCAUCAAGCUGACCUGGAGACUUCCCGCCGAGCCGCACGGAGAAAACAUCACCUACUCUGUGUUCUACAGUCUGGACGGCACUAACAGGGAGCGUGUGGAGAACACCAGCGCUCCAGGAGAGAUGCAGGUCACCAUCCAGAACCUCAUUCCUGACACCAAAUACAGCUUUCGGGUGGUCGCAUCCAACGCCAACGGCCCGGGCGAGAGCUCUGCCCCGCUGACAGUGGCCACCCAGCUAGAGGUUCAGGUCCCGGGUCCGGCUCCCAAUCUGCAGGUUGUGUCUGUGGGCUCGUCCACCGUCUCCCUGAGCUGGGAGAGACCAAUCACUGGAAACGGGGAGAUCCAGACCUACAAACUCUUCUAUAUCGAAAAGGGACAGGAGUCUGAGCAGGACGUGGACGUCUCGGGUCUGUCCUACACCAUGACGAGCCUCAAGAAGUUCACCGAGUACAGUUUUAGGGUGGUGGCGUAUAAUAAACACGGCCCCGGCGUCUCCACUGAAGACGUGACUGUCCGAACACUGUCUGAUGUGCCGAGCGCAGCCCCGCAGAACCUGACUCUGGACGUCCUCAACUCCACGAGCAUCAUGGUCCGCUGGCAGCCUCCUCCUGCUGGUAGCCUGAACGGAGAGCUGACGGGGUAUAAACUGCGCUACCGUAAAGGCCUGAGGAGAGCAGAUGCGGUGGAGAUCUCCACCAUGCAGAUCUUCCAGCUCAUCGACGGUCUGGAGAGAGGGAAGGUGUAUACAGUCAGAGUGUCUGCAACCACAGUCAACGGCACCGGACCGGCCACUGAGUGGAGCGCAGCUGAGACCUUUGAGAGCGACCUGGACGAGUCUCAGGUUCCAGGAGUCCCGAGUUCUCUUCACGUUCGUCCGCUGGUGAACCGGAUCGUGGUGAGCUGGACUCCUCCUGAAAACCAGGAGGUUUUAGUGCGCGGCUAUAAGAUCGGUUAUGGCAUCGGCAGUCCGCACGCACACACCGUCACUCUGGACUACAAGCAGCGCUUCUACAGCAUUGAUAACCUCGAUGCCAGUUCCCAUUACGUCAUAACUCUCAAGGCUUAUAACAACAUGGGUGAAGGUGUUCCCAUCUACAACAGCGCCACCACAAGACCUCAAUCCGACCCCGUAGACCCUGAUAUUGAUUUUUAUGAACUCUUCAAUAACCCAUACACCCCAGCACCCGACCCAACACCCAUGCUGCCCCCGGUGGGCGUCCAGGCCAGCGUCCUCAGCCACGACACUGUCAAAGUCUCCUGGGCGGACAAUUCACUGGCCAAAAACCAGAAGAUCACCGACGCCAGAUACUACACCAUCCGCUGGAAGACCAACAUCCCCGCCAACACCAAAUACAAGAUGGCGAACACCACAUCUCUGUUCCACACAGUCUCUGCUCUGAAGCCAAACACACUGUACGAGUUCUCUGUCAUGGUGACGAAGAACCGCAGAAGCAGCACCUGGAGCAUGACUGCGCACAGCACCACCCAUGAGUCCAUUCCCAGCUCUGCACCGAAAGACGUGACGGUGAUCAGUAAAGAAGGAAAUCCACGAAUCAUCAACAUCAACUGGCAGCCGCCGACUGAAGCCAACGGCAAAAUCACAGGCUACAUCAUCUACUACAGCACGGAUGUGAACGCAGAGGUUCAUGAUUGGGUGGUGGAGCCGGUGGUGGGGAACCGACUGACCCAUCAGAUUCAGGGCUUGACUCUGGACACCAGCUACUUCUUCAAGAUCCAGGCCAGAAACUCUAAAGGCAUGGGGCCCAUGUCUGACGCCGUGCAGUUCCGCACUCCGAAAGCUGAACCCUCUGACAAGAUGUCCAGCGAUCAAGGUCUGCAGGUGAAACCGGGUCACCCGACUCUGCCGGAACACGGGAGUGGAUCCAACAUGGAUAAGCAGGGCAUCACAGGCAGUCAGGAGAAUCACAUUCUGGUGAUCGUGGUGAUCGUGUCUGUCGGUGUGUUCACCAUCAUCGCUGUGGUCGUAGGAGCCGUUCUGUGCACGCGCCGCUCCAACUCGCAUCAGAAGAAGAAACGUGCGGCCUGUAAGUCGAGCACCAGCUCCCACAAAUACAAGAGCUCCUCUAAAGACCUGAAGCCUCCAGAUCUGUGGAUCCAUCACGAGCGCCUGGAGCUCAAACCCAUGGACAAAUCACCAGAACCAAACCCUGUGAUGACCGAGACGCCCAUCCCGCGUAGCGUCCAGGAGCCGGCGGUCGAGACCAGCCACCAGAGACGCGGACAUGAUAUGGAGGACAGUGUGUCCACUUUGCCUGGACGGAGAGCAGUGAGGCCCAAAAUGAUGAUGCCGUUUGACUCUCAGCCUCCGCAGCCUGUGAUCAGCGCUCAUCCCAUCCAUUCUCUGGAUCAUCUUCAUCAUCAUCAUCAUCAUUAUCACCUGCCGCCGCGGGGUUACCUUCAUCACCAGAUCAGCCUGAGAGCCCCGGCCACAACACACACACACUCAGAGAGAGCCGCCGAGUCAGCGAGGAAUCAGCCGGCUGCACCUGAACCUCCAGUGGCCCCCAGUCAGCCCAUCACCACGGCUGAGCUCCAGAAGCCGACGGAGGUGAUAAAAGAGGAAGAAUCGCCCGGUGUAAACCCACCGACGGCUCACGUGCGGCCCACGCACCCGCUCAAGAGCUUCGCUGUGCCCACCGUCACCGUUUCUGCACACAGCCCAUCCACAUACGACAGCACAUUACCCAGCACCCCUCUGCUGGCACAGCCCGGGGCUGCAGGGAAAACCGCCUCCAUCGGCACACUCAGCAGAGCUCGAGCCCCAAUGGCGGUCACCGUCCCCAGUGCUCCUGACCAAUCAGAAACCAGCAAGAUGCUCGACAUGGUUGCUCUGUAGCGUCUCUCUUCCAUCUCUCUCUCUCUCUCUCCAAACCCGUUUCCCUUCCUCUCACUCUCCUCCGUCCGUUUAUGUUCCUCCGUUGUCUCGCAUCCCUCAAUCCUAACUCUAACACGGCUGCUGUGGCUCCUGUGGCUCUUUCUCCCAGACGUUUGAGACGGACGAGCUGUCUGAAGAAAUGGCCCAUCUGGAGGGUUUGAUGAAGGAUCUGAACGCCAUCACCACCGGCUGAUGAAAGGCUUUUCUCACCGCGUCCUCAGGAACAACCACAGGACUUGUGAAUGAAAACCCCAUCAUCCUGCAUGGAGGGAAGUCCAGCUCAAUGCCAUUUUUCUCAACUCCUCGGAUCCGUUGAGUUGUUUAGAGGAUUGUAUUUAUGUAUUCUACAUUUUUUUAGCCUCUGUGUAGGUUUUCAUUGUGUAAAUGCUCAUUUUUAAGACUUUUAUUUUGUAUUUUUGUAAGAUUAAAACUCAGACGCUCAAAACGUUGGGCUUUUCAUGAAAUGCGAGCAGAAUCAUUGUGUGUACAUUUCAGUUUGGCUGUUUUUAUGCAAAUCGAUGCCUCUAAACUGAUUUAUUUUGCAUAUUAUUUAACCUAAUGAUUAUUAGAUAUAAUUUUAAGCAUUUAUACAUAAUUUUGAUUGUUUAAUAAUAUUAUUAUUAGAAAAAUCUGCACAAUCUUGAUAGAAUUGGUCCUAAUACAAAGCCCUGUGGCACUCCGAUGGUGAAAACAGAGGGUUUGCGAUUACCUGCAGUGAUUUCAUUGAUGAACCCACUCUUAAAGGCUCGAAAACAGCAUUAAUUUAGUUAAUUUAGCAGUUUAUUAGUUGCGUUCUCCAUAGAUUUGCUUGAAAACAGUCAUCAGACAACACACACACAAUCAUGUCUGCUUGCUCAUGAAUUCUCAUGAAUGUUUCAUGGCUUUAUUUCGGUGUCUUACAUCGUGUCGACGUUUUCCCAUCAUCAAAUGUGGACAGAAAAGGGAGAUCUCAGUGUUCUGUGUGGACGCCGGUAGCAUUAAAAACAACAACAAACCUGAAUAUGCAUUUCCACAUGAAGUUCUCGCUCUGCUCUGAAGGCCGAUGUUUGGUGCUUCAGAAACUCCUCAAGCGUGAGAACAGCGAGUGAAUGAAGCGGUUCCUCAUAUUCGCUCCUCUUCCUCAGGACCCUGACGCCUGUUUUUGGGCCCUCGAGCUUCAUCAUGAAGGAGUUCAAUGCCAAGUGACUCUCGGAUUUUUCUACUUGUGAGAGGUAAAUCAAUAUAUAUAUAUAUAUAAAUAUAGAUGAAUAUAAACGACGAACUGCAAACGUUUGCUUACAUGAAUACUUUGUACACUCUCCAAAAGGACGAUUUUUUUAUAUCCUUCAUGUUCGGGUUGGUUUUUUUUAUAUAUGAAGACGACGCAUCGCUUUGUAAACAUUUUCCAUGUAAGUUAUGAACGGUUCGAUAUUCUGCGUUGUGUUUUUGGCCGUGCUGUUUAGCCGAUCCCUUCUCCCAAAGAAUGAGCGGAAGAAAACAUCAGCGAACUCUUGCCUUGCUCGUGUACAGUUUCCCACGUCAUGAAUGUCCAUGUGGCUGUAACCAGGUCUGCUUAUGAAUACAGUUGUUGUUUGUGUUUACAAUAAUGGGGGAAGAUUUGAAAAAAGAAGAAGAAAAUAAGAAGACACGAGCCAUGUUGUGUGGCCGGCGUAACGUCUACCGUCAUUUGCACUUUUUAUAUUUUGGAUUUGAAAUGAAUCGCUGAUGCCAUGUGAAAUAUGAACCUAUUUUAUGUAACGAUGAUGUCACAAGUAAACGGCUGGUUUCAAAGACA